AUGUCUAUAAAGAGCAGAGGAUGGGGAGGAGAGAUAACAACAAAGAAUGUGAUUUCAAGGAACUUGGCUGUUCUGCUAUGCUUGUGCAGCUUCUUUGCUGGGAUAUUAUUCACCAACAGGUUGUGGGUGGUUCCUGAACCAUGGCCAACUAGAACUUCAAUUCAUAGGAUAAAUUCCAAACCUGAGGAUUGUAAUCAGAAGAUUAUAGCAGCUGAUAGGGCAACUCAAAAAUCAUCUGGACAUCAUGACUCUCCUGUGUUAGGAAACUCGAAAACUGUUGAAUUAGCUUCCGAAAAGAAGUACUUCAUGGUUAUAGGAAUCAAUACAGCUUUUAAUAGUCGGAAAAGAAGAGAUUCAGUACGUGCAACUUGGAUGCCACAAGGUGAAGAAAGAAAGAAGCUAGAAGAAGAGAAGGGCAUUCUCUUACGCUUUGUUAUAGGACACAGUGCGACAGCUGGUGGUAUUCUUGAUAAAGCUAUUGAAGCAGAGGAGCUCGUCUAUGGAGACUUUUUGAGGCUGAACCAUGUUGAGGGCUACCUGGAAUUAUCAGCCAAGACAAAGACCUACUUUUCCACAGCUGUUGCUUUGUGGGAUGCUGAAUUCUAUAUCAAAGUUGAUGAUGAUGUCCAUGUAAAUCUAGCUACACUUGGGACAAUCCUGUCUAGACACCGUGCGAAACCGCGAGUAUACAUUGGUUGCAUGAAGUCAGGUCCAGUCCUCUCUCGAAAGGGCGUGAAAUACCAUGAACCAGAGUUCUGGAAAUUUGGGGAGGUGGGAAACAAGUAUUUUCGUCAUGCUACAGGACAACUGUAUGCUAUCUCGAAGGAUUUGGCAACUUACAUAUCAGCAAACCAGGAUGUGCUGCACAAAUAUGCCAAUGAAGAUGUUUCAUUGGGAUCUUGGUUCAUUGGCUUAGAAGUGGACCAAGUGGAUGAUAGGAGACUUUGCUGUGGUACUCCACCUGACUGUGUGUGGAAGGGUAUGUCGGGCAACACCUGUGCUGCUUCAUUUGAUUGGCGUUGCAGCGGAAUUUGCAGGUCCGUUGAGAGAAUGAUGGAUGUUCACCAGCGUUGUGGUGAAGACAAGAAUGCUCUUUGGAACGCAAGGUUUUUGGAGUGA